AGAAACACAGUGGUAGUGGUGGUGGUGGGGAAUUUAACUCCAACUUCUGUACAAACGUCCCGGGCUGCCCAUCUGACACCAGUGGGUGGGGUGCAAUCUGACACUUCCCUUCCUUUCCAGAAACGUGAGUGGAGCUGGAGCGCCCCUCCAUCUGGGGGAGGAGAUGGUUUGCAUUUUCAUCCUCCGGACUUUCUCCCCGGGAGAGGCCGGGUCUCUGAGGUUAGCUGCCCGCUCUGCGCUGCUCCCAGGUUUGGCGCCUGGAAAACCUCACGUCCUGCUUUCUCCUGCUGCAGGCCCCGCCCCUGCUCCAGACCCUCAGUUGCCCUGGCCCUCCCCAUCCCGGCCACUCCCUACCCGUUGCCUCUAGCGCGAGCGUGCGGGGACAUCUCCGCUUCUGUUCUAGGCCCAAAGCUGGCUGCGAAUAUCGAGUGUCGCUCUACAGCGGAACGGGGGCACCCGCUCCUGAGGGGGUCCCCUGAGCUCCCUCCGUUCCGAAGAGCGCUGAGCGCUGCCGGCAAUUCUCUCUCGUCAUAGUCACUUAGCCCUUGCGAGGCCCUGGGCGAAGCUCGCACGGUGUCCUACUUUGCCGCAAGACCGAGUUCCCGCAGGAGCUUUGAACUUGGACACACUCCUGGACUUCGCCAGUCGAAAGCGUGGGCGCAGCAGCCCAGCGGAGCCCAAAAGCACAGGCUCAGGCGACAGGGCAUCGCGAGGGUGCACCGAGGGCUCAGCUGAGGCGCUCGGCUCCAGGGCCGAAGUUCUCAUCGAGCGAGCGGAGAGCGCGGCGGACACUCCCUGGGCGCACGCCCGGGCAGCCUCCUCCCCAGCCCCCUGGACGGUCCUCAGGCUGUGAGGAGGAGCUUGCUGGAGACUUCCAAGUUGUCCAGAGGCAGCGAGCCCUAGCGCGGUGUCUCCCGCCUAGGCUAGGAAGGGGGAGUGGCGCUGGCGAGUUGGAGUUAGGAGCCGAGAGAGCGCCUGACCUCCCACCCAACUCUUUCCUACGCUGUUUGCCACUUGGGCUCCAGGCAAGGUUCUAGCGGUCGGAGCCCUUUUUCCUAGAAGGCGGGUGAUGGAUCUCCCGCUGCUGCCCCCUCAGGGGCACUUAGAGCGCGCUAGCGGUGCGUGAGCGGGGCACUGACCUCAGCGUGGCCCUCCUGGCAGCUUUUCCCAAACCGCCUUCUUUUCCCAGCCCAAGGCCUCCGGGAUUCCAGGAGGGAGAGAGAAGAAGGAGAAGGUGGCCCUCAGGCACAGCUUCUUCGAGAUGUCCGCACAGAGCCUGCUCCACAGCGUCUUCUCUUGCUCCUCGCCCGCAUCUGGCGGCGCGGCCUCAGCCAAGGGCUUCUCGAAGAGGAAGCUGCGCCAGACCCGCAGCUUGGACCCAGCCCUGAUCGGCGGCUGCGGGAGCGAGACGGGAACAGAGGGUUGCGCUCGGGGGUCCACAGCAGGCCGCCUCUACUCCCCGCAGCCCCUAGCCGAGAAUCUUGGCCCCCGCUCGGUGUCUUCUCCCCGGAGCCUGACUUCUCGGGCCAACUGGCUCCCCACACACAGACCUUUCUGCUCGUCCUUCUCCACACCCAGCACCCCGCAGGAGAAGUCGCCUUCUGGCAGCUUCCACUUUGACUACGAAGUCCCCUUGGGUCGAAGUGGUCUCAAGAAGAGCAUGGGCUGGGACUUGCCUUCGGUCCUGGCUGGGCCUGGCAGUGGCCGCGGCGGGGCAAGCAUCCUCUGUUCCUCGGGAGGAGGCCCCAAUGGCAUCUUUGCUUCUCCCAGGAGGUGGCUCCAGCAGAGGAAGUUUCAGCCCCCACCCAACAAUCGCGGUCACCCCUACAUCGUGUGGAAGUCUGAGGGUGAUUUCACCUGGAACAGCAUGUCGGGCCGCAGCGUGCGGCUGAGGUCAGUCCCCAUCCAGAGUCUCUCGGAGCUGGAGCGGGCUCGGCUGCAGGAAGUGGCUUUUUGUCAGUUGCAGCAGGACUGUGACCUGAGCUGCCAGAUCAGCAUUCCCAAAGAUGGACAAAAGAGAAAGAAAUCUUUGAGAAAGAAACUGGAUUCCCUAGGAAAAGAGAAAAACAGAGACAGAGAAUUCAUCCCACAGGCAUUUGGAAUGCCCUUGUCCCAAGUCAUUGCCAAUGACAGGGCCUAUAAACUCAAGCAGGACUUGCAGAGGGAGGAGCAGGAGGAUUCAUCUGAUUUUGUGGCUUCCCUCAUGCCAUUUGGAAAUAAAAGACAAAACAAAGAACUCUCAAGCAGUAACUCAUCUCUCAGCUCCACCUCGGAAACACCAAGCGAGCUGACGUCUCCCAACACUCUGGAACCAGCUCCCCGGGCCAGGAGAAGGGGAGCCAUGUCAGUGGAUUCCAUCACUGAUCUGGAUGACAACCAUUCUCGACUGCUGGAAGCUUUACAGCUCUCCUUGCCUGCUGAGUCGCCAAACAAAAAAGAAAAGGCCAGAGAUAAAAAACUCAGUCUGAAUCCUAUUUACAGACAGGUCCCCAGGCUGGUGGACAGCUGCUGUCAGUAUCUGGAAAAACAUGGCCUCCAGACAGUGGGGAUAUUCCGAGUGGGAAGCUCAAAAAAGAGAGUGAGACAACUCCGUGAGGAAUUUGACCGUGGGACUGAUGUCUCUCUGGAAGAGGAGCACAGUGUUCAUGAUGUGGCAGCCUUGUUGAAGGAGUUCCUGAGGGACAUGCCCGACCCCCUUCUCACCAGGGAGCUGUACACAGCUUUCAUCAACACUCUCCUGUUGGAGCCGGAGGAACAGCUGGGCACCUUGAAGCUUCUCAUUUACCUUCUACCUUCCUGCAACUGCGACACUCUUCACCGUCUCCUACAGUUCCUCUCCAUCGUGGCCAGUCAUGCCGAUGACAGCGUAGGUGAAGAUGGGCAAGAGGUCACUGGGAACAAAAUGACAUCUCUAAACUUGGCCACCAUAUUUGGACCCAACCUGCUGCACAAGCAGAAGUCAUCAGACAAAGAAUUCUCAGUCCAGAGUUCGGCCCGGGCUGAAGAGAGCACAGCCAUCAUUGCUGUAGUGCAGAAGAUGAUUGAAAAUUAUGAAACCCUGUUCAUGGUUUCCCCAGAUCUCCAGAACGAAGUGCUGAUCAGCCUGUUAGAGACAGACCCUGAUGUCGUGGACUACUUGCUCAGAAGGAAGGCUUCCCAAUCAUCAAGCCCUGACAUGCUACAGUCGGACGUUUCCUUUUCCAUGGGAGGGAGGCAUUCAUCUACAGACUCCAACAAGGCCUCCAGUGGAGACAUCUCCCCUUAUGACAACAACUCCCCUGUGCUACCUGAACGUUCCCUGCUGGCUAUGCAAGAGGACAGGGCUCCGGGGGGCUCAGAGAUGCUUUACAAGGUGCCAGAGAAGUAUAUGUUGGUGGGCCACUUGCCGUCGUCAAAGUCAACGUCAAGAGAAAGUUCUCCUGGACCAAGGCUUGGAAAAGAUAUGUCCGAGGAACCUUUCAAUAUCUGGGGAACUUGGCAUUCAACAUUAAAAAGUGGAUCCAAAGACCCCGGAAUGACAGGUUCCUAUGGCGACAUCUUUGAAAGCAGCUCCCUCCGACCGGGGCCCUGUUCCCUUUCUCAAGGGAACCUGUCUCUCAAUUGGCCCCGGUGGCAGAGGAGCCCGGCAGAGCUGGAUGACGGCGGCCCUCAAGUCUUUCGCAGGACUCAGACGGCAGCUACCGUGGCACAUUGCAGCGUGCACCUUCCGGUGUCGCGGGUCUGCAGCACCCCCCACAUCCAGGGCAGUGGCUGCGGCGCGGGGGGGCGGCCGGCGGCCAGGUCCGAGCCGUACUUGACCCUCAGCAGCGCUGAGGACCCCGAGGGCGAGAGAGACGGGACGUGGCUGCCCAGCCGGGCCCAGCCCGCGUCCCAGAGACUUCGGGAGGGCGGCAGGGAUGAUCGCAGGCCCCCGCCUCCUUACCCGGGCUCCGGGAAGCCCUCGGAGCCGCCCUUGUGGCGGCUUCAGAGGCCUCGGGAAGGCUCAGGAACUGAGGGAGGCCCGCCGGCCGAGCGGGAGCCCCAGGCCGCGCCGAAAAAACUGAGCAGCCGCGCCUACGCCCUGGAGGGCAGCGAACAGAGCGGCCCGAACUUGGGGGAAGCCAGCUGGCUUGACUGGCAGCGAGAGCGGUGGCAGAUCUGGGAGCUCCUGUCCACCGACAACCCCGACACCCUCCCGGAGACGCUGGUGUGAGCCCCCCACUGCAGCCCAGCAGAAGCCAGCCCCCUUGCAGAUGCCCCCUUCGUCCAGCCGGCCACAGGCGCUUUUGGUCAACUGGACUCUUCGGCCCUUUUCUUCCUUCACACGUUAAAAAAGCACCACAAGAGAAACUGAGUCCACUUCCCGAGAUAGAGCACUCAUACCCUCGCCAUUUAUGAUAGGGUCCCAUUGCAUAGCCAGCCUCCCAAACAAGUGACACUAUCCCAUCGAAAACCAUCCACAUUGACUCUGUGUAAGACAAAAGUCUUGCUUUCGUGUAGCUUGAUUGUAUCUUUGUGUCUUCACUUGUGACUAUUAUAUAUUCUGUAACAGAUGCUGUAUGAUAAUCGAAAUGAUAUAUUCACAGAGAGAAAAGAGGAACAAUUUUUUUAAAAAGUCACUUCACUUAUAUUACACCAUGAGAUAUAUUAAGCAACGAAGUCCUAUAGAGUGUUCGAGAAUAUGCACAAGCCAGUUUCUGUGCUUUUGCCAUAGCUUUUUACCUGGGGACAGCUCUUCCUUCGAUGCCUAAGAAAAACACUAAGAAAAUGAAACAAGAGUAAGAGAAGCCAUAUUUUUAUAUAGUAGUGAGAUACAGAAGUUAUAAUCACUGAAUGCUUUUUCAUAUUGAGUAAGUUUUAAGGAAAAUGUUGAAUUUGAUACAUAGUGAGAUAUAUUUUUAGAACAUGUUUAGAAAGGAUUCAGUUAAUCAAAGGAGAGAAAGGCUGGGCCUAACGAAGAAUUACUUCGUCCAUCCCAUUUUAGGUCAAAUUCAAUUUUAUAUAGACAAUAUAUAAUAUAUAUUUAUAGUGUAUAACUUUUACGUAUUUUUCAAACCAAACCACAAACUGGAAUCCAACCAUAAAGUGUUUAAGAAUCUAAACAGACCAUUCAAAUUACAGAACAUGGUUUUUUCUUUGGCUCCGUAAUCAAUAUUAACCAAAUUACAUACAACUCUUUUCCGAAAAGUAAAUCAUAUUUGGGGAGAAAAAAACUGCAGUUUUGUCCUUACAUUGUGCCAAAGGCUGAAGAAACGUUUUCUUCGAAAUUUUGUGUGUGUUGUGAAAGUGUUCCUGCCGUACUUCAGUAGUUUGAAGUUUUUCCGCUGCAAAACCACCUUUGACCAGCAGGUGGCAGUUUGCUUCAGUAUUUCAGGUGUUUUGUUUCACUUCAGAAUGAAAGUGUAUUACAGAAAAACUGUGUUGUUUUUUUUGUGUUUUUAUUUUUAUAAAACGUGCUACUCUUAAUUUUCGUGUUGGUGAUGAAAUUUUCAGUGGAGUUUCUUAAAGUUCUAUCUUGUGCCAUGAUGAAUAAAAAAUUAAGCAAAA